UGAUCACAUGAUCAGGGUCAAGGUCACCUGAUACACCAGCACCAGUUCAAUGCGCAUCGCCACGUGUGCCCAAAUGGGGAUUGCAUGCGAGAAUGAUCGACGUGCUCUACUUGGCCUCCAAUGUGACGAUGGGAGCUGGGAAGGUGGUUGGUUGUAUCAAUAUGGAACUACAAGGGUGAAGAUCGGGAAUCGCGCGGUGACUACAGCAAUGGCUAUUGCAGCGCUUUCGUCUCAAGAUAUUGUUCCGCAGAGGAAUGAUACGAAGUUAAGUGGUACGAACGAUACCCAGGUAGUUGUUGAAAUAAGAGAAGUGAAGUAGAGAGAUAGAAUUUCGGGCCAGAGAGCGGAUCUGCGGUUGGC